GUGGAACUCUGUGACGGAUAAUACUGUGCUUGCAAACGGCAAAGUAGAUGUUUGUUUUGACCUGUGGAAUACUCCGUGGUGCUCGCAAGUUUGACAGCCGGUGUUGUCAUUGGUGGUUUGUCAUCCUUCUGUGACAAAAGUGUCGGCCAAUUGGAUACCUGUAUGUGUGAGGCUGCGACCAGAAAUGCAACCCUGGCCAACAGUGGCCUGGGUCCUACUGCUGACUCUGAUCGCUGAUUGGCUGAAGACAGUCCAGUCACGGGACUUCACAGUGAAAGACAUAAUCUACCUCCACCCUUCAACUACACCAUACCCAGGUGGGUUCAAGUGCUUCACGUGUGAGAAUGCAGCGGAUAACUAUGACUGCAACCGCUGGGCUCCGGACAUGUACUGCCCGAGAGAGACCAGAUACUGCUACACACGUCACAAAAUGGAUAUGCAAGGCGACAGUGUAUCAGUGACAAAGCGCUGUGUGGCCCUGGAGGACUGCCUCUCUACCGGCUGCUCUGAAGUUGACCAUGAAGGAUACAAGGUCUGCACCGCUUGCUGCGAAGGAAAUAUCUGCAACAUGCCACUACCGAGAAAUGAGACGGACGCUGUCUUCGCCACCACCUCUCCGCUUAACAGUGCCACACGCCUGACGCAAAGCUGCCUGGUGCAAACCUGCCUCACCAUCAUCAUCGUCACCCUCCUCCUCCUCUUCUGCCAUCAUUAAGUCAGCCUGCAGCUGGCUUGGACAAGGGCCAAACUACAGAUCAAUACGAAACGCAACAGUGAAUGUUAAAUUAUAAAUGACAUUUUUAAAAAUACAUUUUCUUUCAUUUUUUUAAUUGGUGAACCCGCAGAGGUGCACUUGGCAGCAGCAUGUUUGGGCUUGUGGGUGAAAGCU